CGAGUAUCUGAGACAGGAGAGCGAGAGACCAGCCGGUUCUUCUACAGAUAAAGAUCUCUGUACAAAGAUCUCCUCCUGUGAUCAUCUCACAUCUUCUACUGAACUCCAACAUCAAGUUCCAGCAGCUUGUGGUAGAUUUCUGCUCUCCAUCAUCUGGUACAAACCUCACACAUUCUUCAUCACACAUUCAUCUCACACACUCUUUAUCUCACUCUCAUCACACUCCUCAUCACACACUCCUCCACCGUGUGUCAGGAUGAAGCUUCUCGCUCUGGUGCUCCUGCUCUCCACUUUCUCCUCACUGACCCUGAUGGAGGUUGUGACGGAUUUCCAAAAGUCUUCUUGUUCCAAGUUCUUCAUCCGAAGCCCAAAUGUAAAACAUAUCAUCACCCCGACUGUUUUCAAAGACUCUCAGUAUAAGCAGAUUUGUCAGCGCCUGAACAACCUAUACACAUUUGCUACGCUGUAUGACACGAUUCGUAGGAUCCCCGUCUACUCAGCCUACACGUUCUCGUGGGAAAGACGGACGGUUCGGAACGAAGUGUGGAAAAAUGAACCACAGCUGGAAAACAUGAGCAACGGUCCAGAAAUGAGGAAGAUCUCUGAUGAUGAGAUGGAUGGGUUUUUUCACCAGGCUGUGAACAGAGACUAUAAAGAGAGUGGCAAAUAUACUAAAAUGUAUUAUACUAGAGGUCAUGUGUUUCCAAAGCAAUAUGCUGCUGAUCAGAAUCAGGCAGACUCCACCUUCACAUUUACCAAUAUAGCACCACAAACAAAAAACAGCAAUGGAGAAUGGGAAAAAGAAGUAGAGACACCGAUGAAGGCAGAGAUACACAGAAAGUGCGAACAAAACUAUAGAAUCAAGGCUUUUGUAGUGACUGGAGUAGUUCCAGGGAAUAAUUGGAUAUCCAUAACGAGAAAGGAUAAUAAUAAUAAAGUCAAGACAUUUGAUAAAGGUGUUAACAUUCCCAGUUUUUACUGGACUGCAUUCUGUUGUUAUAUCAAUCAGACCACGACAAUUUCUAAAGCCUACCUCGCUCAGCAAAACGAACCGAACCCCAGACCUCCUGAAAUAACGAGUGUUAAUAUCCUGAACAGAUGCCUCAGCAGUCUGUAUAAACGGGAUUUCAAAGUAUUUAGUGAUUUGUGUUUGACUUGAGUACAGUCCGAGCUCAUUCCAUCUGAUUCUCUGGUUUGACCUAAAACUGCUUCAUCAAAUUACUUCAACAAAUGUUUAUAAUGAAUCAGAGAAUCUUUGGUGUGCUUUACUUCACCUGCAGAAACUGAUUAUAUUCCUGUAACAGAACGUCCUCAAGUGUUUUAUUCCUCUUAUCCUACAGCAUUUUCAUACAAUUACAUUUUUCUUUGUUA